CUUCCCGAUCUAGAAUCGCAGAGCCAAAGGAGCGCUCGAAGCGCACGUAGCCACUUCAGUGCAUGGAGCAUCGCGCCGGUCAUCAAGAAUUCGAGGGUCAUGAGCAAGCUGGGUGUCCACCGCGAGACUGUCGAGGAGCGAGCGCACCUCUCUCCCUCCCCACCACCGCGAGCUUCAGUGCCUCUACCACCGAAGAUUCCUCCUCCUGUUCCUCCGAAGUCACCUAAGCCAAGUGUCCGCGAGAUUGUGCGACAAAAGAGUCAAAAGGCAAAGACAAAGAUGAGCCGAAGCAAUAGGCCGCGAAAGGAACCGCAGAUUGUUCGACAAGAGAGCGUUCGGGACAAGGGUAUUUCUCGUCCAUUGCCCCACAUUGUGAGCCAAGUUUCAUCGGGCAUUCCUCCAAAGAAUAGGCCAUCGUCCAAUACAGAUGUCAAUUUACCUUUGAUGUCAGUGGACUCGAGAAGACGGCGGUCGCCUGAUUGGACAGGGACAGGAAGCAAGACGAGAUCACACAGGCAGCCAGGUGGCAUGAGGACAUUCUACGAUGAUACGCCUUCUCCACGACCUUUCUAAGUGUAAGGAGUAUAAUGGGAUCUUGAUACAACGCAGACGGCUUCAUGAUUUUAUGCAUAUGCGCUACCUAAAACGAACACGCAUGGCAGAGGUGUUUUUACGCUUGCAUUUUGUUGACCGUUACCACAUUGGCAUGGACAAAAAGUGUACUAUAGAAUAAUAAAUGCAGCAAUGAUGAAAG